AUGGACUGUCAGUCCUAUGCAUCCGCGGCACAGAGCUUUCAAAUCCCGGUGAUUGAGGAGAUGACGGUCGACGGGUUGCAGACAUUGAUCAUACUCGUACAAAUCCAAUACUUUCUGGGUGAUCUCCAGUCCGCAGCGGCGACGUUAUCCAUCGCUACUCGUCUUGUGUACACACUAGGGGCCCAUACCAUACCCACUUCUAAUAAAUCUGCCCCGUACAAUAAAGCUGAUAUGAAAUGUCAUCUGCGCGAUCUCUUCUGGCUCUGUUACUCGUUUGACAAAGACAUAUGUCUGAGAACGGGCCUGCCGUCCUGUAUCAAUGAUUCGCAUUGUGACCUUACCAUGCCUGCCGAUUACGUGCGGCUACACGACCUCAAUCUCCAACAGGGCUUGCCACAGGUCGACGAACAUCUAGUUCCCCUGUUCCCAUGGGAUCUCCGUCUCUCGAUGCUCAAAUCAAAGGUGUACGAGGACCUUUAUACUGCUCAUGCUCUCCAGCAGUCUAUCUCCGAAUUGCUGUCGAGCAUCCGCAGCCUCGACGAGGCACUCGAACAGUGGAGGUUAUCGCUCCCCGUUGAGUUCCGACCGACUCUAUACUUUUUCCAGGAAACACCAGUGAGUGCCAAGGUGAAUACCAUGGCGGUGAUCCUGCGGCUUGGUUACUACCAUUGCGUGACCGUCAUCCAUCAAGCAAGCAGCAGAUGUCAGAUUCCGGUCGCUGAUCUCGCUGGGCCGAGACUGGAUGUCAUCGCUUCCAGCACAAAACUUUCUAUCACCGCCAGUCGGUCGACGCUCUUAUAUCUCCACAAGGUAUUACCUAUGGUGAACCCGGAGUGCUUUUGGUAUGGGUUUAGCAAUUUCCGCUCAUUUUGUCAUCCACUGACGGUUGUGUCUUGCACCAGGGUCGUCCUCUUUUAUGCCAUCACCGCAGUCUUGACGCUUUUCUGCAACAUUAUCUCAAACCCUGGCGACCUCGACACCACGCAAAAUAUGGAUUUACUGCAGAAUGUCCCCGGUUUGAUCCGCAAUAUCCCUAUCCGAAAAUUGACUGUCGGCGAAGUCGUUCACCUGCAGUACCUUGACGGCUUUACCGCGGAACUCACUGGCAUUUGUGUGAGUGCCAUAUCCAAGUUACAGCACAAGCAGCGCGGCAUCGGUCCGUGA